AUGUUAGACGAACACGACUUGGAGCUGCUGUGCAGCGGCGAUCAGAGCCUCAACUGGCUGCUGAACCGCCAUUGUCUGUACGCCAGCAGCCCCGACGGCGUGACUGCCGACACGGUGACCGGCGUCCAUUCGCCUAAAACGGGCGAACCGCACGCGCCGUCGAGCGACAUCGACGCCAUGGGCUUAGGAAGCCCCUCGUCAGCCUAUGUGGAUGUUUACGGAUCCCAGACUGCGUUGCCGGUCCACACCCGGCAUGAUGCUGGUUCCCCCGCUGAUGGAGCACGGCGGGACGCCGCGCCCUCCCUUGAAGACCUCUUGCAGCGCCUGGACAGCCUCAACACUGCGCUGUGGCGACAGGCGGACACCCUGCAACGCGAGGCGAAUGGCAAGCUGGAAAAACUGACGGCUGUCGUCCGCUCGUCGAGCUCCGCCGGUGCUCCUCUGGACGUUACGGAGCUGGCCAGUUCGCUGCAUCAGUGCGAGGAGGUGGUUGACUCCAUCUCGCACAAGCACAUGAAGCUGCGCGAUCUCCACACGCUUGACUACCUCCAUAGGGUCCUGACACUGAACAUGAGCGCGGUCUCGCUGAUCCACAACUGGGACGACACCCUGCGCGCGAUUCAGGGUUCCCUGCAGUCAUUCGAGCGCUUCAGGGAGAAGGGCGGCCUCCUCACGGGGAUGCUGCUAUCGGACGAUGCCGCCGCGGGCUUCACGUACGCAAAUGCAACUGCGCUGCGCGACAUUUUCAUGCGUUUGCAUUCGACCGUGGAGCGGUGUUUCCUGAACGACCCCAAUUUCGGCCACAUGUCGGGUACUCUGGAGAGCCUGCGGCUGAAAUACUCGGAACUGGUGAGCGACAUCUGCUACGACGUCUGCACGUUCUUCUUCUCACCGUUUGAAACGAGCGACGUGCCCUCGCCGGAACUUUCCGCUGAGGCCUUCCGCCGUCUUGUCGAGCUGGCGGCGGGCGUGUUCAGGCCGUCUUACACCGAGACGUUAUUGGCGCAAUGCUUCCGUCGGGUCCUGGAUGGUCUGCUGAACAGCCAGUUCUUCGGCAUCUGGGAAGAGCACGCCAGCAACCUUCCUGGCGGUAGCGACCUCGCGCUUUUGCCGGACGACGUGGGCGUCAUAGUGUCGUCCUGCGCCGCCACCAUGAACGCCUUCUACGACCUGCUGGUCAGGUUGGUCACUGAGCACAUGGCUUUGUUCAAGGGUUUCUUCGCCGCCAUGGGUGCGCGCAACGUUUGCGCCAACCCCGAUGCGGCGCUCAACAGCUGCCUGCGCGAUGUCGUGCACAAUGCCCUGCUGUACUUUGAGGUUUUCGACGAGACCCUCGCGCGGCUGCCGCGCGCCGUCUUCCUCACCGUCGCUACGGAGGUGAUGACGUCCGCGCAGCCGGCCGCCGACAAGCUGGUGGAAGCGUUUUCCGCGUUGCCCUUCCACGCUGAAAUUUGCCAGAUGCCAGUGCUGCCCAAGGGCAUGCUGGUUCGCUACCUGAACGCACUUGACGAGCUCAGCGCGGAGAACUGCUGGCGCAGCGCCCCAGCCGCGUCCUCCGCCUCUCUGGACGACCACAUCGCUCGCCUAGACCAGCUGGUGAGCUACGCGUCAGGCCUGAAAUGCGCGAGCAACGGCAUCCUGUCGCAUGGCGACGAUGUCGCCAUUUAUCCGCCUCUGGCCUGGAUCUACAACAGGCUGCUGCUCUGGCGCCUGAGGGAGUGCUACAGGGCGGUAAUGUCCGGCUGCAGCGACUCGCUGAGCAGCUACUUCACUGCCCUGGGCCAGCGCGAGGUGGGCCGCGAUAUGGACACGGAGACCGAGUCCGACUGCCGGCGCGUUUUGCUGGCGCUCGCCGGCGGCAGCGGCAGCAUGGCCGACGUCAUGGAUAAAUCGCUGGCUGCCGCCGCAACCCCCGGGCAGCAGCAGUCCGUGCUGCCAACGGCCAUAACCCAGUGGUGCGUCGCCGGCGGGCGCAUGACAUCGCUGGAUGGCGUGAACGCUUCGGUGCGCCAAUGUUUUGGUGAGUCCUUCUGCGCGGACGGGCGGUCGUUCUUCCACGACGAGUCGGGCGCCGUCUCCGCCGCCGUCACCAGCAUCGUGCGGUUCAUAGCCCGCAAGGCCUCCGGCAUAAUGCGCAACUACGCGAACGCCGCUGCCGAGCAGGAGUCCGACACUGACGUUUCCAGUUCUGUGCUGCUGCUGAGCGGGUACUUCACGGCGCUGCUACCGGUGUUCGCGGAUGACGACACGCUCCCCAGCCGAAUCCUGGGCCAGGCGUUCACCGUGUUCGUCGACGAGGAGCUCGAGAAGCUCGCCGGCGCCCGCCCGUCCGAGCCCGCCCGCCUGCAGCGCUACCGCGCCGACAUUUCGCAGCUGCUCGUGAUUUGCAACUACUGCGGUUCCGACGUCGGCGAGUCUCUGGAGAUGCUGCUUUCAGCCUGA